GAUACUAAUGUAAAUCCAGCAGCAAAUAGGAUGGUAAUGAGUAUUGCAUCAAUGGAAAAAUUUCCUAUAAACUAUGCUUACCCGCAUAACAAUUCAAGUCGAGCGCCUAAGCAUCAUGUAAGGGCUGCUGCUCAUCUACCAAUAAACGCAUCCACGGGGGUUAUUGAAGAAACUGACCUCCAAAAAAGCGAUACACCUGUUGACCAAUAUAUCAGUAUUGUGCAUCAUGAAGACCGGUUAAUCUGCAGAGAUAUCCCAUUGGACGCGUCUUCUUGGUUCAAAUUAGUAACGAUAGCCAACAACAUUCACAACUACAACGUAAUCCUGGAACAAGUAGACCGAGGAAUCUUACUGAAGGCAAAAAAAGAAAUCUUUCCCGGCGAGCCGUUGAUGAUGUGGUUCGACACUCAAUUGCUGAUAAAGAUGAACAUCCCACUGUACCUAGAACCCCAAUGCAUAGUGCAAUCAGACUGUACACCUAAUUACAAGUGUCAGCGUUGCGACUGCCUGUUCCCGGAUCCGAACCCUCUGAAGAUACACAUGGCGCUGGACUGCAAUAAAUUGGACAAGAGUUUCCUCUGGGAAAAGCUGGCCAAAGGAUACGUUCCUAUUGACCUGGACAAUUUCCGGAUGAACUUCUCGCCAGCGUUCCAGUAUCAAUUGCUGCCUCUUCAGCAUCAAUCUAAAACGAUAUUGCACGACCUGGAGGUCAAAAGCCCGAGAGUGAGGCCGUCGCAGAAGCACCAGGCGUUGCCACCACCAACAAUGAGCUACCCAAGUACAAGGAUUGAAAUUCCGGCGACGUCGACGGCAUUGACAAAAGCCUCGACAAGUUCUUCUGACGAGACCUCGGUGAACGUAUCAAUGAAUUCUUCACUGGAGCUCCGGAAAACGCCGGUCGAAUCCACGGGGGUUUCUCACUCAGCGUUCAAGCCUUACCCCCAGCAACACGUUGCCGAAACAAUCCCUCAAGAUUUGGAAUUAAUUCCACAUAACAAAAUAAUUUAUAAUUACCCACCUCAAAUCAUUCCCUACUUCCAAGCGAACCUCAGAGCGCCCGUAUCGAUGUUAAAUGUCAAUACCGAAAAACAUGCUGCACAAGUCGAGACCAUCGUCAGCAAUCUGGGGAAAUGUAAGGAUGGAUAUCACUGCUUGUACUGCAAUAGAGUCUACUCCAGGAAAUACGGAUUGAAAAUUCAUAUCAGAACUCACACAGGAUACAAACCUCUCAAGUGCAAAAUUUGCUUCCGACCUUUUGGAGAUCCCAGCAAUCUUAAUAAGCACAUCAGGCUACAUGCUGAAGGUGGCGAGACUCCAUACAAGUGUGAUCUGUGCGAGAAAGUUCUUGUCAGGCGAAGAGAUCUUGAACGCCACAUGAAAUCCAGACAUCCUGAGAGCGAAUCUGCUUCUUCUCCGUCACCACGUUAGUCUGCAGAAAUU